AUGAAAAUCGUUUUGGGAAAACACUUGAAAAAAAAGUCACAAGACGAUAGUGAGGACGAUGAAGAGUAUGACGAAGAUCAGGGAUCUGUAAGCGAUCCAUCUUCUUCACCUUCAGAAACAUCCGAUUCCGAUUCCGAUGAACAUUCACAUAAGAAAAGAAAUCAAAAAAAGAAGUCCAAGGGAAAAAACUCAGAAAAUCACCACAGACCUACUGAAAGAGCUAGAAGAAGAAGAAGAAGAGCUAGAGAUAAGGUAGGCCCAUGGAAAUUGGGCAAGACUUUGGGUAAGGGUUCAACUGGUAGAGUCAGAUUAGCUAAACAUAUGGAAUCUGGCCAAUUGGCAGCCAUUAAAAUCGUUUCCAAAAAAAAAAAAAGGAGUGUCAACACUGGCUCAAGUGGGAUCUUACCUUAUGGUAUAGAACGUGAGAUUAUUAUUAUGAAAUUAGUGUCACAUCCAAAUAUUAUGGCUCUAUAUGAAGUUUGGGAAAAUAAAUCAGAAUUGUAUUUAGUGUUGGAAUACAUUGACGGUGGAGAAUUAUUUGACUAUUUAGUCUCAAGGGGCAAAUUACCAGAGAAAGAAGCUAUAUAUUACUUCAGACAAAUUGUACAAGGUGUUUCUUAUUUACAUAAAUUUAAUAUAUGUCACCGUGAUUUAAAACCAGAAAAUUUGUUAUUGGAUAAAAAAAAUAAGAAAAUUAAGAUUGCUGAUUUCGGUAUGGCUGCCUUAGAACUGUCGAACCAAAUGUUAGACACUUCGUGUGGUUCGCCUCAUUACGCGUCUCCUGAAAUCGUUAUGGGGAAGAAGUACCAUGGUAGUCCAAGUGAUGUUUGGUCAUGUGGUAUUAUUUUAUACGCGCUAUUAACGGGUCAUCUACCCUUUAACGACACUGAUGUUAAAAUUUUAUUGGCAAAGGUCCAAACUGGUAGCUUUGAUGUUCCAAGUUAUCUAUCCAACGAGGCCAAAGACUUGAUUUGCAAGAUGAUUGUUGUGUCCCCUAAGAAAAGAAUCGUCAUCGAUGACAUUUUGGAACAUCCACUUUUAACUAAAUAUAACAGAUUUACCAUGAAUAAAUCAAAUACAAAUAUUCGUAUGAUUGGGUCUAAUAAGCAAGAUAAGAAGCACAAUGAAGGAGAUGAGGUUGAUAAUUUAUUGUCAAAUUUACCGGUGCAACCAGAAAUCGUUGAACUGAAAUCCAAAAGAAAUGUAGAUCCUUCAAUUUUAGAAAAUUUACAAAUUUUAUGGCAUGGCUGUCCCAAGUCUGAUAUUGUUAAAAAAUUGUUGAGACCUGGUAAAUCUGAAGAAAAAAUAUUUUAUUCAUUAUUAUAUCAAUACCAAGAAAAUCAGCAUAAAGUUAAGGAACUGGAUUCUGCUAAUAACGAAAUAAACGAACCAGGAACACAAUACCAUGCUAAUCCUGAAGAGGAUGAUUAUAAUGCUGCUUUUGCACCCAAAUUGGAAAAUAACUCUCAAUUUGCAUCGAUGAAUUCUACUGUUUCUAGAAAUAGCUCAUUGGGGAGAUCUUCAGCGAGGGUUAAAAAUUUUGUAGCUUCCUCCUCGUCUUCAAGAAAUUUACAACAAAAACCAUUAAGCGGUUCUUCGUCUAUCAGAUCAUUCAGACGGAAUACACCGGUAGAUGAAGAUCGCGUUAUUUCACCACUACCGUUAUCUUUUAUGGCUGAUGAAUCGGUCAACAACACCAAUGCUUUUAAUAGCUAUAAUGACAACAACUUACGUCAAAAUGGCUUAUUGAGAUCCGAAUCGAAGAGAUCCUUGUAUUCGUCAACUUCCAUUUCUAGGAGAUCGCUAAAUUUGAAAAAUUAUGCAAAUGGCCAACCAUUGGAUGCUUACAAAAAUAACGUUACCAAUGGGAACAUGUCUAGCGCUUCUACUUACAAAGAUUUGAGAAAUGAAUUCUCAUAUAUGUGUGAUAAAAUUUUGUUUGAUGAACGGGAUGAACGAAACGUAUCUGAUGGGUCUAUUGGUGCCAAUGUAAAUAAUCAGAAUAUGGCUAUUAAGUCUGGCUUUCAAUAUGGGAAUACUAAAGUUCCAACCACUUUUAUGAAUAAUACUAGCAACAACUAUUUUCAAACCCAACAGCAACAAAAGUAUAGCCUUGAUGGCGGUAUAUCCAGUUUGGACCCAAAAUAUUCAAAGGGUUCGUCUUUUGCUACUGAUAAUAUGCUGAGCUACAAUAAUACUAACAAUAUGAAUGCUUCGUCAAAUGUGAUUACCAGCACACCUACACAGUAUGGGAAAAUGCCCUUGAAUGGGGGAGAGAAAAAUGUUAGUUCAAUAAGAAGACGUUCAUCCUUAUUACAACAGCCUAGUGGAUCUUUUAAAAAUAACAGUAACCGUUACUUUAAUAUGCCAUUUAAGGGCGAUGUUGCGGGCGGGGGUGGUGCGGGUGGUGGGACUGCUAGAAUGUCAUAUAUGUCUGACUACAAAAGGAGAAGUGGUUUAAUCUCUUUGCCUUCUGGGAUGAUGAACACAACAGAUACGUUUCAAGAUUUGUCAAAGUAUUUGAAUGGUUUAGAUACAUCAGAUGUUGCAAAUGAAAAUGAAUAUGAUGAAAAUGAUAAUGCUGUCUUUAAAGACAGCGAGCGUCUUAUACCGGAACAAAUUACUUUUUCUAACAAUAAUAAUAGUUCUGGUAACAUUGGUACUGGCGAUAAGCUGGAUAUUGAAGACGAUGAAGAUAUCUGUUUGGGGGUUGGUGAUAGUUUUCUUAAAGCUGCUAAGGGCGAUAAUAUCACCUUAACGCCUAGACCUACUUUAAGAAGGGGCCUGUCAAAUUCCGAUGACAGCCAGAGAAAUGCCAUUGUAACUCCAUCGAACCAGAAACAAUCGCAACAGCAGAAAAAUGAGAGUUCAUUCAUGGAUACUGGUGGAAACCAGCAUAGCAACUACAGAAGCAGUUAUUACCAAAGUGAUUAUGAUGGGAUCUCCGAAUUUUCAUAUAAGGUCCCCUCACAUUUAUCUACUGCUGAAUUGGUUAAUAUACGCCGCACUAAUCAAGUCCAAAACUAUGAAAAUAAUGCUGUUCCUAUUACAAGUACUAGUACUACUGCUAGUACUACUGCUAAUACUAAUGAUACCAAUAUAUAUAACAAUAAAAUGGAUAAAUUACCAAAAAAUAUUGUUUCUAAGGACUUUGUUAACUAUAGCGACUACGAUGGUAUUAUUGGUACAGAUGCUACUUUAAAAAAAUUAUCAAAUAGCAACAUUAAAACAAAUAAUAGCACUAACAUUAGUAGUGCCGGUCUGACAUCUUCAUCUGAGGUAUCCGCCUUAAAUGUAUUUGAGAAUUUAUCUGAAGAUGAGUAUGAAAAGUCAUGUCGUCAUAACGGUAGGCAUAAUAGCGAAAGAAACAAAAUUUUCACUAGUAGUAGUAGAGAUAGUUAUUCUCAGUCUUCAGUGGAUGAUGAUUCAUAUUUUGUGGAUACAAAUUAUGAACAAAGUGAUGGAACUGACAGUGAUCCUGUGAUUCACAGAAAAGUUGUAUCUAUUGAAAGCAUGAAUAAUAAUGUCAUAUUACCACUUUACACUGAUAUAAGAGGGAGCUUAUAUGUAAAUCCGCAGCUGCAACAACAACUUCCUCAAUUUGAAACGAACAAGGAUACUGAUGGUAAGAUUCAAGGGAGUAUGAAUUUAUCCAAGGAUUCUAAUGGUAAACAGUCACCAGUGAAUUCAGAAUUAAGGAAGGAAUUAAUGAAAGUUGAUGUUGAUGAUGAAUAUGUUUAUUUUAAUUAUGAUGAUACUAAUGGUAAUACUACUACUACUACUACUACUACUACUACUACUACUACUAAUAAUAAUAAUACAAAUAAGAAUAUCGCUACAUCUACUUCCUUCAACUUUAAUAAAAAUGUAAACAUAGAACGGGAGAAUACCCAAUCCAUUAUAGCCAAAUUUCACUUGACUCCAGAUAAAAAUUCUAGAUUCGUAAUUAAUAAUAAUGUUAACAACUCUUCGAUAGCAGUCGAUAAUAUACAUGGAAUUACUUCACCAGCUUCUAACAAUACUGCUAGUAGGAGAACAAAAACCAUUAAAAAUAGUGGGAUUCCAAUACGUAUUAACAGGGCAAAUUGUGCCUCUGAAAAGUCGUUAGAUGUGAAUAAAGUUUUUAAAGAUUUGGAUGAUGAGGAAUGCGAUGAAAGUUUUGGGAAGAUGGAACCUGACAUUUUUGUUAAUGAUUUAGAAAUUAUUAAUUCUAAUUCAACCGAUAAUGGUUUUACUAAUACGAGGCAGCAGUCAAACUGUGACAAAGAGGAUGUAUUAACCGAAAAUAAACAAUUAACUGAGAAAAAUGAAAAAGAUGGUGAUGGUGAGGACCACGGAGAGGAUAGAAUUAGGUUAACAAUGACAAACAAUAGUUCUGUAUCAUUUUCUAAGGAUUUGGGAACUGUGGAACAUAAAAAAAAUGAGAAUAUUGGCGAUAAUGAAAAGGAUCGGAAACGUGUUACCAUGCUAUUUGAUGAUGAAGAUGGGAAGUCUACCGUUUUUGGUAAUUUAGAAAAUCAUCAUUUAAAACAACAAAGAAAAGUCUUGCAGACUGCACCUACUACUCCUAAUGUGACAGGUACUGUUGCUGAUACUGAUGAUGCAGUACAAACCGUUAAUAGUGUACUUCACAGUGACACUGUUGAUUAUAAAAAUAUGGUUGAGGCGGUUGAAAGAAAACCCCUAAGAGACAUUUCGCAUAGUAACAACACCAUUAAAAAGCCCACAAUUAAGAUUGAAUAUAAAGUUGAAAAUGUUUCUGGCUCUUAUGAUCUCAGUAUUGGUAACAACAACCCUAAGAAGGCUAAUUGGUUUACCAAGAUGGUGACCAGGAUUUCCAGUGGCAAUUCAUCAUCUUUGCACCAUACCAACGGUGGUAAUAACAACAGUUCGGUAAAGAAUAUGCCGGAUAGAAAUUUGGUAUUAAAAAAAAUUCAUAAAACUAAUUUGAGUUUUCAGGAACUAAACCGGUUAGCAUUAACCCAAUUCGAUUUGAAUAAUGUUGCCUUCAAAAAAGAUACUUUUUCUAAAAAGCAGAAAUCCACUGAAUUUGUUAAAUACAAUUGCAAGUUUAUUAAGGAUAAGUUUAAAUUUUCUGUUGAGAUCGACCAUUCGAAUUUUAUAAUUUCCAAAGACAUAAGUGGUAAUAUUAAGUAUAAUAAUUGUUUUAAUAAGAAUGACUUUUCUUCUAGAAGUAUUAGGGGGAUAAAUGCUUCGUUUGAUUACUUUAACGAGGGAAUAAUUAAAGCGUUAAAAGCAUGA